AUGGCGGCACCCAAGAUCGCCAAAGAUGGUGGCGAGAAGGUCUAUCCCGAGGAGUGCCGCGUCGAGGUCGGCGGGCUCCAGUACCGCCGCUGCGCGGCCGCGCUCGUGUUCAACCCCAACGGCGACGUCCUCUUGGGCGAACGAUCGGACCGUCCCGGGAGUUGGGGCAUGCCGCAGGGCGGCAUCGAGAUCGGAGAGUCGCAGUCGGCCGCGGCGACGCGGGAGCUCUACGAGGAGGUUGGCAUGAGGCCAGGCGACACCGCGGGACUCUCGCUCGUCGCCGAGGUGCCCGCGGACGAAAACUUCUGCUACGCCGCGGGGGGGUGGCUCGCGGAGAAAGGACUCGCGGGCCAGCGCCUCGAGUUCACGCUGUUCCAUCUCGCCACGACGGACGACCCGACGCCGCUGUGCAACCUGGAGGGCAUGGCGGGCGAGAGCAGGGAGUUCACCCGCGUGCGCUGGGCUUCGUGGGACGAGGCGGUGAGCGCGGUGUGGGAGAGCAAGCGGGGUCCGUACGUGCGGGCGAGGGAGCUGGCGGUGCCCGUGAUCGAAAAGUACCUCGCGGGGGAGAAGUGA